AUGAAGGACAUACAGGAGAGAUACAUAGGGGACACUAGCAAGGAACCCCUACCUAACUAUGAAGGCGUAGGCAACUCCAGCCUAGACGAACCCAUCAGCGAGGCGGAGGUCCGGGCGGAGAUUGCCAAGCUCAAAACCAAAUCAGCUUCAGGCCCGGAUGGCGUUAGCAAUAAAAUGCUUCGCAAUUUAGACGAUAACUCUAUAACUGCAUUAACUAACUUUAUGCAGAAGUGCUGGGAAGAGGGUAAACUACCAAAUCAGUGGAAAACCGCUAAGGUGGUGAUGAUCCCAAAACCAGGCAAGAAACUCCAGAUAGAGAACUUAAGACCUAUCUCUCUAACCUCUUGUGCAGGCAAGCUUUUGGAGCACGUUAUUCAAACGCGGCUCAAUAACUACAUGGAGGAUAAUGACCUCUAUCCGCAUUCGAUGGUGGGCUUUAGGCCCAGGCUCUCUACCCAGGACGUGAUGCUGCAACUAAAACACCAAAUCAUCGAUGCGGAAACGGGGGACGCAAAGGCAAUCCUAGGGCUUGACCUAGCGAAGGCCUUUGAUAACGUCACACAUAAAGCCAUUCUUGAGAACCUUCAGGACUUGGGAGUAGGCGUACGAACCUACAAUUACAUUAGGGACUUCUUGUCCGACCGAGAAGCAAAAAUCCAGAUUGGAGAAUGCCAAUCGGAUGACAUUAAAUUAGGCAGCAAAGGGACCCCACAGGGCUCUGUGCUCUCGCCCUUUCUUUUCAAUGUGGCCAUGAUCAAACUCCCUGAAAGACUGCAGGCUAUUGAAGGACUAAAUCACAGCAUAUACGCUGAUGACAUUACGUUGUGGAUAGCUAGGGGCAGCGAUGCCCAAAUAGAGGAAACCCUCCAAAGGUCUAUCCAGGCAGUUGAGGGUUACGUCGGACCUAGGGGACUUAAAUGUUCACCGCAAAAAUCGGAACUGCUUCUAUACCAGCCAAAAAGCAGGGCCAGUAAGGAGGAACCGCAAAUCUCUCUCACGGCUGGGGGGAUCCCCAUUCCAAAAGUGGACAAAAUCAGAGUUCUGGGACUUUUGAUUCAGGCCAACAACUUUAAUGGCGAAACAAUAAGGAAACUAGACGGCUGCGCACUGCAGACCAUGAGGCUGAUCCGCAGGAUCGCCAACAGGCGGUCCGGGAUGAGAGAAGCGAAUCUGGUUAGGCUAGUCCAGGCCUUUGUGAUAGGUAGAAUAGCUUAUGUGGCUCCCUUCCUCAAUCUUAGGUCAUUCGAGAAGAAGAAGAUUGAGGGCAUCAUACGUAAAAGUAUAAAACAGGCGCUGGGGCUUCCCAUCCGCACUGCAAAUGAAAAGCUUUUAGCUCUAGGGCUCCACAACACUCUUGAGGAGAUUAUUGAAGCAGUGAGGAUCUCGCAGUAUGAGAGACUUGCGGGAAGCCCUACGGGCAGGAAAAUCCUAGCUAGGCUGGGCAUAAACUAUGAGGGGCAAGAAGGCAUCAAAGUCGACCUGCCGCGAAGCGUGCGGAAUCGACUAAUAAUCCCACCACUACCUCAAAACAUGCACCCAAUCCAUCACAAGGAACGCAGAGAGAAACGGGCGGAGGCUCUUGAGAAGCGUUUCAAAAACUCAAAGGACGUGCUCUACGUUGAUGCUGCAGACUAUGGCAACGGUCGCAUGGCGCUAGCUGUAGCGAGCGCUGAAACUAGAUUGAUAGCCAGUGGCACAGUUCCAACGGAUUGCUCUCAGAUUGGAGAAGAAUCUGCCAUAGCACUUGCAAUUGCGAGUACUUCAGCCAAAAUUAUAGUCAGCGACUCUAAGGUUGCGGUGAUGAACUUUGCCAGAGGCAGAAUUUCUCCCGAGGCGAACAGAAUCCUGCAGACCUGCAGAGAUAGCAGGAAAAUUGAAAUAAUCUGGGCACCUGCGCACGCCUCCCUCGCUGGGAACGAGGCGGCCCACGAAUUAGCUCGAGGACUUACAUUCCGAGCUGGUGGGCUAGCCGAAGGCUUCACGGGGCGAGACCGCUUAGUGUGCUACAGAGAGAUCACACAACACUACAGACUAGGGCGGGUUAAAUAUCCUCCGGCUGAUGCAUCCUUAAACAAGAGCCAGGCCUCCACUUGGCGUCGCCUGCAAACCAACUCGUUUCCAAGCCCGGUGUCGUGCAGCCUCUACUACCCGGGUCAGUACUCCAGCCAGUGUAAGCUAUGUAAAGCCAGGGCUAAUCUUAAUCACAUUCUGUGGGAAUGCCCACAGGCUCCCUCUGAGGGAAGGAUAAAGUCUUUAGAGCAAUGGGAGACCUUAUUACUCAGCUCCGAUCCGGAGAUUCAACUGAAGACCGUCCAACUGGCCGAAACCGCCGCUAGGGUCCAAGGACUCCUGGCCGUCGUCUAGGUGGGAAGGCUUAAAGCCUUCCCUACAUCUGUUGGACAAAUAAAGUUUUACAAUCCAA